CGUCGAUCGGUGAACCACGUGAAUUUCUUUUACACUCUGUCUCCCUCUCCGUCCCGAUGAGCCGGCGUGUCUGAUCCCUUUCAGAUAGUGCAAUUAAAGUUACAUUCCUGGGUGAAACCAGUUCGAGGGAAUUCCAACGGCCGAAAUCGUCUACCCAGAUUACAGCGAAAAAUCGUUUCUUAUCUUCGAAAUUCCGUGAUUGCGGGUGUUUGUAGUUUGCCCCGGAUUCUGUGAUAAUAAACGCCGCGGCAGGCAGAAGCCAUCGUUUUCGAUCCAGACGAUCGCUUCGAUCUCGACAGGUCGAAAGUCUACGGACCUUGAAUUUACACGAUUCACCUGUGCCGAUCUCUUCGGCUGGAUAUCGAACGAAUCGGAGAAAAUGAAAUAAGGUUUAGAAAGCUGCAUCCCAAUUCGGAAUCGAUCAUAAUCGUCUUUAAUCGACCACCGACUGAAUCCAGCUUGUGCGUUACGCUAAGUCGCUGGAAAACGCGCGGACCUGGGAGAAUCGUAUUUUAUUAUAUCGAUUACGAUACUCGUGUCCGGCGAGCAGAUUGCUAUUAUCUCGGUGAUCGUUGGGUCUUCAAUCGAUAACAACGUGACAAUAAUCAGUGAAGAAUUUCUGGAUCGAUAGUGCUCGGAGGUCUCAAGGAAGUAUAUCUAUUAAUACGUUGAAUCUCAAACGAGGAGCACCGAGGAGACUUCUUGAUUCAUGUAGUUCGGGUCACUCGUAAAACGGGCGCGUGUGCCGAUCAAAUAAACUUGAUCAGAUACCCGGAACAGUUCGCCAUAAAUCUAGGAGAAGAGAUUUCGCGUAUCCGACGACUGUGCCAAGUAUACAAACCUCGGUCGGAUAAUCGAGAGGAUCGCACACGGGAGAUUAUGACGGAUCGAAGAUGUUGCUGACGUAUCGGAAGCUCCAAAUUUUCUCGCUGUCCGUGUUCUUCGACACUUGACGACCAAGCCAGAAAUUUUGAUCGACGAAGCGAAGAGAGAAAGCAUAAAAGCUAAACAUCGGUGGUGGAACUGGUUCGCGCGCAUCCGUGAAACGUUGUAAAAGUUUUACAGUGCGUGUCGGCAGAGCCAGAGCGCAAAAGCUUUCGAAGAACAAUGCCUGGAAAUACGAAAUCAUUGUUAGUGUUGAUGCACAUUCUUCUCUGGGACCUGGCCGUUUGCUAUGAUCGCGUGAAAGAUGAAACGCCGACGAUAUACUGGAUUCCUCGGGAAAAUGGGACCGCAAUACCAGAAGAAUAUAAAAAUUUACCAUUGGUUUCAAAGUGCUGUCCGGAUGGCGAAGUUUUCAUAAAAAAUGGAACCAAUACCGCGGCCUGCGGUGUAAUCCAUUCCACAACCGAGUACAAUUUCUCUCCGAUAUUUUAUAAUUUCAACAAAAGCGGCUACGAGAUUCCCGGCGACGAACACAGCACGUUUGUCGCGAUCACUGGAGAUCCUUGUAAAUACAAAAGAUAUAUGCUGGACCCAGACGAAACCAGCGAUGACAACAGUUAUUUAUUGGUGAACGGCUCCGUGUUUGCGCCGCAUCAUGAACCAUCGAUGUUGAUGCCUGCCGUCGAUUACUGCAUGGAGAUCGUCCCGGAGAUCGGAUUAAAAACUUUCGUAUGCUUUCCGGAGGAACGUUUAAUAGUUGCCGCGGAUUCCCGGUACACCUUCUACACCUGCGGCCUCUUAAUAUCGGUGCCGUUUUUAAUUCUCACUAUCGCCGCGUACACCAUCACGCCGCAAUUAAGGGACGUCUAUGGAAAAGCACUGUGCCGUUACUGCGGUUGUUUAGCACUCGCUUUUUCUACGCUGGCGAUAACGCAGCUGGGAAGUGCGCAUUUAUCGGAUCAAGCCUGCACCAGUAUAGCGUUUGUUAUCCAGUUCUCCUUCGUUGCCUGCUUCUUUUGGCUAAAUGCGAUGUGCAUCGAAAUGUGGUCACUGGUACGCAGCCACGUGAAACGCGAAACCAACAGGAUGAAGGCAGAAACGUUGUUCUUUUGGUACUCGUUAUGGUGUUGGGGUCCCCCGGUGAUACUUAUUCUCGUCUCGAUGAUCAUGGAUCUUAGCCCAACGAUACCUGCCACUUACGUGAAGCCAAAGAUCAGCAAGGAAAGUUGCUGGUUCGAAUCAAGCGAUGAAGCAAUGCCGUACUUCUAUGUGCCGGUUGGAUUGCUGCUUCUCGGAAACGUGACUCUUUUCAUUCUGACAUUCAUUAAACUAUCGAAGUAUCAGAAGGAUCUCGACUUGAGACGCUUAGCAAGGAACGAGGAAACGGAUCGUCAAGAUCGAAGCCUCCUCCGACGUUACACCAGGAUGGCUAUCGUCAGUUUGAUCAUUUUCUUCCUGAUAGGUCUGAACUGGACAAUGGAGCUGAUAUCCUGGUUCAUCGACGCAGACUCGUUCGACUGGUCCAUGUUGGACCUGGUGAACGCUCUUCAAGGUGUUCUUGUGUUCGGUUUGUUCGUGAUACGAAGACCACAAAGAGACUUCGUCUGGCACAGGAUACAACAGCUUCGUGGUAUAGACACGACACCACCGCAAGCUGGAAGCAUGGAAUUGUAUCUGCUUCCGAUGUUAAACGGCGAUACUGUGCCUGGACAAACGAUCAUUCCGUGAGCAUAAUUGCAACUUCUACCCAGUGCAUGCUACGAUCGUUGUAACUCUACUGCCACGAAUUGUGUUAAAGUUCCUGCGAAGAGACAUUGUAGUGCCUUCUCACCUAAAGUUUAAGAACCGUCGAAAAUCUGACGAAAUCGAUGAGUUCCUCAGGUUUUCUUGAUCAACCAUGAAAAGCGAGUAAUUUAUUUUACAUUAGGCUGUUUUUCAUGUACAGUGAAUAACGAAAAUAUUCAAAUUAAGGAGAUACUUCAAGAGAAUUGGGUGUUUAAUACGAUAGUCGAUUUUUCCAAAAUUUUAUUGAAACGUUUGUGAAAAUUUUGUGCAAGUGUUUCACAAAAUAGUAUUUUCAAAAUAGUGCCAAGAAUAGCUUUUCUUUAAAAUAAAAGACAAGUGACAUUGAUAAUCGCAUAUUCUGUUGUAAAUAACUGCUACUUUCCAAAAUAAAAUUUCAGAAACGUAGCAAAAAGUAUUUACUAGUACUUACUUUAGAAAAAUAUUAUUCUUAUUCAGACAAAAUUGACAAAGAACUUCUGGUACUAUAGACAUCAUUUUUCCAUCACAUUUUUACAUUUUUCAAUGAAAUUUUCAAAAACUACUGUCAAGUUCGUAUGCUCUGAAAUGACAAUAGUAAUGCAACAUGUUUUUAUACAUGAAAAAGAUUCUGAAACAAUUUUGUUCGAUGUACGUAACUCCUUAUUUGUUCUUAACGAAGUAACAUGUAUAUAAAGUGUACAAGAUUUAUUUAAACGAUGUUCGAAUAUAUUCUUUAAUUACUGUACAUGAAAUUUUAUGCAGUGUUAUAUCUUGGUAGAAAUGUUUAUAAUUUAUUGUACAGUAAGGGCGACAGUGAUUUAUUAAUAAUAUAUAAGUACACAGCUUCUUCGAAAGUUGAACGUAUGCGAACGAAAGCCCAAUUUUUAAUUUAUGAGUUUGCAUUUCAGCAAAACAUGACUUUACGUGUAUAUUAUUAUUCUUAAUUUCACCCGGUGCGUCAUGCACAUUUUGUAUAAACAUUGAUAAAAAAAACUCUUAAAUUAUAUUUUCAGGGACUGUGAAAACGAACUUGAUCUUCAAUUGCAAUUUCAUAAUUUUCCGUGGAUUUUGAAACUGCGUUCAAAAUAAAUUCAAGUUCGUGUUUUUGGAUGAAAAUAACAUGUUUCUGAGGAAUGUCUGGUUAUAUAAAAACGUCUGCAACUCGUUUUACAAUACAUAUGCAAGUUGUGAUAUUCGUAGACUCAUUGCAUAACUAUGAGAAACGAGAUAAGCUGCAUUCGGACCUUACAUUAUACAUUCACGCUUUUGGAAGCCAAUAUAACAAUGUUGAAGCGUCUUUCAGUAUUUCAAGAUACAUAAUUGUUUUUCAUGUUGCAUGAUAUAAAAUCAAACACCAACAAUAGCCAGUGAGUAAACCUACAAUUAGUACUGAUAGUUUCAUGCAAACUCAUCAAAUCACCUGGAAAACAAUACAGUAUUCUGGGAUCAAAUGCAAAGUAAUAAUAUAUUGUUUGAGAAAUAUUAUGUUCAAAUUAAACAUAACAAGCGUGUAAGAAUAUAUGCGUAGAUGAGGUUGAUGAAAUUAUUACAAGAAAUAUUUGUUAUAAUGUUUCAGCUGUAUUGCUCAAAAAUACUAUGUUGUCAUAAGGACGCUUGCCAAAACAGUGCCUAUUAAAAGCAACUUCUAGUCCUACUGUGUAUCUAUUUUCUCUGUUUAUUACAACCCUAAAGUGUUCGGGGUUUUGGAAAGUAUUGCGUCGUCGAGAUGUACAUGAUCUACUCUCGACAUUCUUUUGUUCGAAUUUUCUGAUAAAUACUUACUGAACAUGACUUGUAAAAAACAAAGAAUAUGCGAACAUACAUGUUUGUACAGUAUACCAAAUGUUAUGGGUGAGUCAUCUAAGAUAAAAACUUAAAAAUAUUUUCCUCUCAUGGCCAUACUGUUUUCCAAAGUUUCAAAGCUGUUCAUAUAUUUCUAAAAGUAGUUGAUAAAAGUCACACUUUUCGAAAUUAUUACAAGUUCUACUUAAUAAAAUAUAUGUAUUUUUUAUCAACUACAAUGUAGAAAUAGAAAUUAUUAUUGAAAUUAUGAAAAGUACGACCUCGAGGAAAAAGUAAAGUAAACUGAAAGUGUUUUUCCUUAUAAUUCCUUUUGUAUUAACAAAAGUAUCAAAAGUACUUUCAGUUUUAAUCAUAGAUGAUUCAUCCUAUGUAUUGCAACAAUUCCACAUUAUUUAUCUACAUUCUUUAUAUUUUACUUCACUAUUACAAAGAUUUUGUAUCUUAGGUUUCGUAAUUGUAGUACCAAAUGAAUUUAUAUAUUUUAAUGUAAAGCUCCUAAGUUAUUUGCUUACUUUUAAUUUAUGAAAUAAAUGUUUUAUUUUAAA